AUGGAUGUACCCGCAGAGCUGACGUUCGGACUUCCAAAUGCGUCAUCUUUAUUGAAUUGUAGCAAUGCUACAUUUCAACCAGCCUCAGAAACCAUUUCUGAUUCUUCGUGGGCUUUAAUUACAAUCAUCUCAACAAUCCUCCUUGUUAUCGGAGUGAUCGGUAAUACUAUUGUAAUCAUUGUUGUAUCAACAAGGAAGAAACUUCGAACACCGACAUUCACGGCAAUAGCUUGUCUUUCUGUUGCUGAUUUCCUAUGUUUGUGCUCGCGUUACGUGUUCACGAUUAACGGUAAUAGAUAUGUCAUGGGAUACCAAUUUUUGAAUAUUUACGCAACAGUGACGUUUUAUUUCUUACACAGUGCGAACUUUCAUAUCGUGUUGAUUACAUAUUUACGUUAUGUAUUUAUUACUAAACCUUUGCAAAGUGUGACGAUCACCACAAAAAGCGUAUUAAAAAUGUCGGGAGGAGUAUGGUUUGCAGGAAUACUAACUGGAUCUCUAUACUGCCUAAGAAUUGUGUUGGAACUGCAUGAUAAUAUCACUGCCAAGGAUGGUUAUGUUUUCGAAAUAAUAUCCGGUAUAUAUGUCACAUUUGUACCAUUUCUACUCAUUGUGGUUUUGCAUAUUAUGAAAAUUUUCAAACUAAAAAAGACGGGACAUUUGUCAUCAGGACAACACUCAUCAAUUUCGAGAAAAAUGUCCCUGAUGAUAUUUAUAAUCAUUGUGAUUUAUCUAUUGAGUACUAUUCCAAUAUUAACAGGUGUAAUUUUAUAUUUUACAUGUAUUUUUAUAGAUUUCAGGCUCGCUGUGUGUCAUAUUCUCUUUUGUUAUCACCCUGAACAUGUUGUGUCAAUGUGUUUGCUUUUGAACAAUGCUGUUAAUCCAUUAAUUUACUUCUUUUUUUCUCCCCCAAGUCUUAAAGUCCUUCGCAGAAUCAAGCAAUGCUGCACAAAAUCUUAAUCUUCAGGAAUCAAGCAAUGCUGCACAAAAUCUUAGUCUUCAGGAAUCAAGCAAUGCUGCACAAAGUUUAAAACAAUUAAUAAAUCAAUAGAGGCUAUGUUCAACAAAUAUAUGACUGACUUGUAUAAAGGUUUUUCAUUGGUUCAUGUAAUGUUAGAUACCAAAUAAA